UUCUAUAUACAGCACGUGGGACACAAGAUGGCGGAGAAGGGUCGUGCUGCUGUUUAGUGUGGAACAGUUAUCUCGAAAACGUCCAGACAAUUCACUCGAUCGAAAUAAUACCACAGUAAACUUUCAACCCUUUCUCGCGAUCUACUAUGACCCAAGGAGAAACGGUAGAGACUGCCAGCCCCAUGCUCAAGACAAAUUAUGAGGUUUCAUCCAAGAUUGAGGCAUUCUACACCGGUGGGAAAGUCCAGUUCUCAGGGGAUGAGGAGUACCUGUUCUGUUCCUGUACGGAUAAAGUGCAAGUCCUUCAUGUUGAGAGUGGCAAGGUGAUCCACUCACUUAAAGAGGAAAGUGAUAUUAUCUCGUGUUUUGCAGCAUCACCAGAUGAUGAGUUUCUUGUAACGGCUGGGAAAAAUCUGCUGCUUCGGCAAUGGGACUGGAGGAAUGGAAUGCAGACAAAAACCUGGAAGGCUGUCCAUGUGGCACCUGUCUCCUCCAUGUGUUUUGAUGCAAGCUCUACUCUGCUUGCCACAGGCUCUAGCGAUAGCACAAUCAAAGUCUGGGAUAUUAUUAAACAGUAUUACACCCAUAGUCUGAAAGGCUCAACUGGAGUUGUCAGUCUUGUUAAAUUUCAUCCUGAUCCAAAAGUCUUGCAGCUAUUCUCCACAUCUGAUGACUGUAAAAUCCGGGUCUGGGAUCUUGUCAAAAGCAGAUGCCUCUGUGUCCUUGAGAAUCAUUUUAGUGUUGUGACAUCUCUAGCAUUCGACCCAUCACAUUCCACCAUGAUAAGCUCGAGUCGAGAUAAAGUCCUGAACAUAUGGGAUAUGGCAGACAUGUUAACACCCAAUAGAAGGCCUCCUAGGACUAUUCCUUGUUUUGAGGGUGUAGAGUCUGUGGAAUUUUUACCAAAAGGUCUAUCAUCCAAAGUAUGUGAGAAGAAAGAUGAGCAGUAUUUCGUAACAGCUGGAAAUAAAGGAAGACUUUGUUUCUGGAGUCUAAAGAGUGGCCAACUAGUGCACAAGCUUGUUGUGGUAGAGAACAUGUCAGAUGACUCUGGCCUCCAGCAGCUGCUGGUCCAUGCUACCCUUUGCAGGAAAAGAAAUGUUGUCAUGGUCAUCACCCACGAUCAGAACAUCCUCAUGUAUGAUCUAGAGAACUUCAAAAAACUAAAACAGUUUGUUGGAUACAAUGAUGAAAUAUUGGACAUGAGCUUUGCUGGCAAGACCAAUGACCAUCUGGCGGUGGUAACCAAUAGCAACCAGUUGCGCCUGUACAACCUAGAGACGCUGGACUGUAGGAUGGUUGAGGGCCACUCUAAGAUGAUCCUCUGCUUGGACGUCUGUGCUGAUGGCACUAAGAUAGUGACAGGAUCAAAGGACCACACUGUCCGUGUAUGGGACGUGAGUGACUGCAGUAAUCCGAGGUGUCUGGCAGUUGGCAAUGGUCACACUCAUGCUGUGAGUGGUGUUGCAUGGUCAAGGACAAGUCAAAGGUUUGUCAUAAGCUGCAGUCAAGAUCUGACCAUCAAAGUGUGGGAAGCCACCAAAAAGGCUGCAGAAGAGAGUUCUAUGUUUGUAAAGAUGACAGUAAAAGCCCAUGAUAAGGAUAUCAAUUCUGUAGCAGUCUCGCCAAAUGACAAACUAGUGGUGACCGGCUCACAAGAUAAGACAGCAAAGGUGUGGCGUAUAGCUGAUGGGAUCCUCAUGGGCGUUGCCAGAGGACACAAGAGAGGGGUGUGGUGUGCCCAAUUUUCCCCCUUCGACAAAUGCAUUGCCACAGCUUCAGGAGACAGUACCAUCAAGAUUUGGUCGCUGACGGAUUACACGUGUGUCAAGACAUUUGAGGGCCAUAGCAACUCAGUCCUUAAGGUGGUGUUUAUCUCCAACGGGAUGCAGCUUAUAACCAGUGGCACAGACGGUCUUGUCAAGUUAUGGACAAUCAAGACUAAUGAAUGCGUCCAAACCUUUGACGAGCACCAAGACAAGGUGUGGGCGAUAGCAGUUAAUAAAUCCCAGAAUGCAUUUUGUUCAGGAGGCGCUGAUUCUGCGAUCACUCUUUGGAAGGACGUGACUCAAGAAGAGCGACAUAAAGCCCAACAGGAAGCAGAGGAUGUUAUACUGAAGGAGCAAAAGCUCUCCAAUCUUGUGCACGACAAGCGGUACUCAGAAGCGAUCUCUCUUGCCAUUUCACUGGAGAAACCUUUCCGCGUCCUGAAUGUCAUCAAAGAUAUGCUGACAGCCGAGAAUGGGAUACAAGAAAUAAACACUACCUUAAGAAGUCUCAGACCAGAUCAGAUAGACAUGAUCCUAAAGUUCAUUGUAGAAUGGAACACUAACGCCAAGAACACUCUAGCUUCGCAGACAGUCAUGUCGAUAAUUCUGAGGUCCACCUCACCCUACGAGCUGAUAGACAGGCCCAACAUGAAGGACACAAUCGAAGCAUUGCUGCCCUACACAGAACGACACCUGAAGAGAAUUAACCGCCUGUUGCAGCAAUCGGAGUUUAUUGAGUACACGUGGCAGCGGAUGAGGCUUUCUUCUUCGCUAGAUACUGUCAGAACCCAUGCCUCUCCAUCUGGUGUCAUGGAAGGAGAGACUGGAAAACCGGGGAACAAGCGGCUGGCAGAAAACAACAACGACAACAAUGUUGCUGUAGAGAAGGAAUACACUAUCAACGCUGAAGAGCUACGCGGUACGGGGGGUACCAUUGACGACCGCGAUGCCAUGGAGGGAGGGAAGGGUGAGGUCUAUAUUAGCCAGAUAGAGGAGGAAAACGAGAAUGGUAAUGAAGGCGAAAACGCGAUACCGCCCGAGAUACCGCCAGAUCAAGACAACACGAAAACAGAAAAGAAGAAACGACCUGUCCACGAGUAUGAGCUUUCACCAACAAGCAACAAGAAACCCAAGAAAGAACCGCCAGGCGACACCAAGCAACCGAAGUCCAAAACCACUAGACCUUCCCCUCCUAGGGAGAAGACGAAAAACGUUAAGCGGAGAACGCGGACUUCGUGAUCCCAGAGUGUAUUCCAUUCUUCAGAAGCCCACGUACACUAUUGACUAUGUAGUUAAAAUAAACUGACCUGGAAGUUGAA